UUCACACCAGUGUAUGAUCGACUCUUACUCCGAGCAGUUUGAAUAGCCAAAGUGUAGAGAAAAUAAUCUCUUCAGUGUUUUUAAUAAAUUCCGUGGCAAAUGAUCUAUGGCAUCAUGAGGUGAAUGAUAAAUCUAGUUCAAUUGGGCAUUUACCGAAGAGAUAAAAUGCCAUCGUGCGACACUACCGGGGCACGAGUCCGUGUGGACAGAUCCACAAGUCCAUUACCCCAGAAGCACUCCGAUCCCGUUCAGGAAUUGAAGGCCCUCUUCACCGAGCCGCCGCCAAGAACCAGUGCCGUUACUAACGGAAGUAAACAGGACGAGAAUUGCCAUGCGCAAGCAGCAGAUUGCUUGCAGAUAGAGCUCCCGAAAGAGGACGACAUACCAGAGCGUGGAAGCUGGGGAAGUAAGAUCGAGUUCAUCCUCUCCGUGGUGGGACUAGCCAUCGGCCUCGGAAAUCUCUGGAGAUUUCCAUAUCUCUGCUACAAGAACGGCGGCGGUGCCUUCAUGGUGCCAUAUUUUAUCGCACUCUCGCUGGCGGGAAUACCAAUGUUUCUUAUGGAAUUGUCCCUGGGGCAGAUGAUGACCAUCGGGGGGCUUGGGGUGUUUCAGAUUGCACCGAUUUUCAAAGGAAUUGGAUAUGCCACGUGCGUCCUCUCGUGCUGGACAAAUAUCUACUACAUUAUCAUUCUGGCGUGGGCGCUGUUUUACUUCUUAGUUUCCUUAAACUCAGACGUCCCUUGGAGAACCUGCAGCAAUUACUGGAACUCCGAGUAUUGUAUAACGCCCGAGGAGCGGCUGAAAGCGUCAUGCUGGUCCGACAUAUACCGCAACAUCACAAUGUGUCAGACAUCAAUCGGAAACUACAGUACUCUAGUUCUCAAGGAUCCCGUCAAAGAAUAUUGGGAGAGAAGAACCUUGCAGAUAUCCUCUGGAAUCGAGGAGAUCGGUGGGAUCCGAUGGGAGCUCGCCGGAACGCUGGCGAUCGUGUGGAUAAUGUGCUACUUCUGCAUCUGGAAAGGCGUCAAGUGGACGGGGAAAGUCGUGUAUUUCACAGCUCUGUUUCCCUACGCCCUCCUCUUCUGCCUCCUCAUCAGGGGCCUGACACUGCCUGGUGCAAUGGAGGGGCUCAAGUACUACGCCACCCCGAACCUCUCGAAACUGGGGGAUCCUGAGGUCUGGAUCGACGCUGUCACCCAGAUCUUCUUCUCCUAUGCUCUUGGACUUGGCGCCCUGGUGGCUCUCGGGAGUUAUAAUAAGUUCAAAAAUAAUGUGUACAAAGAUGCCUUGAUCGUAUGCUGUGUAAACUCUGGAACUAGCAUGUUGAGUGGAGUUGUGAUCUUCUCAGUCGUUGGGUUCAUGGCACAUGAGCAACAGAAGCCGGUUGCUGAUGUAGCUGCUUCUGGUCCUGGGCUGGCAUUCUUGGUGUAUCCAUCAGCAGUUCUGCAGCUCCCAGGGGCGCCAGUCUGGAGUUGUCUCUUCUUCUUAAUGUUGAUUCUCAUUGGGUUGGACAGCCAGUUCUGCACAGUAGAAGGAUUCAUCACAGCUGCAGUGGACGAAUGGCCCCGACUCCUCCGAAAACGUAAAGAAAUCUUCGUCGCCAUCGUCUGCUUCCUGUCCUACCUGAUUGGGCUGUCAUGUGUCACUGAAGGAGGAAUGUUCGUGUUCCAACUGUUGGACUCUUAUGCUGUCAGUGGAUUCUGCCUCCUAUUCCUCAUGUUCUUCGAGUGCAUCGCUGUCUCGUGGGCUUUCGGCGUCAAUAGAUUUUACGAUGGAAUAAAGGAUAUGAUUGGGUACUACCCCUGCUUCUGGUGGAAGAUCUGCUGGACUGUGACUACACCUGCCAUAUGUGUGGGAGUCUUCAUCUUCAACAUAAUUAAAUUUGUCCCUCCUAAAUACUUGGACUACGAGUAUCCCUGGUGGAGCCAUGUGCUAGGCUGGCUAGCUGGCCUCUCCUCAAUGAUGUGCAUACCUGUUUACAUGGUUUACAUAUGGUUUGCCACCACAGGAUCAUUUUCAGAGAGAUGGCGUAAAUUAGUUCGAAUUGACGAUGACGUGGGGACAUUGAGGGCGAAAUUGAACCCUGUCAAAGCAGCAGCCAUUAAGGAAGAGUUCAAUUUGUAGUUCACACUGCCUUUUAUUGUUUAAAAAUAGAGAUUGAUUCAGUUGUGAAUUGAUAAAACAUGAAAAACAGAAUAAAUCAAUUUGAAAAAUCUUGCUAAAAAUUUCAGAGGACAAAUAUAACGAAAUUUAAUCAUCUACCACUCAUUUUUUUUCUAAAAACACUCUGGAUGAAUAAAUAAAUCCAAUCUCAUCAUUUCACAGCUGAACCUUCGUUUAUUCGUGUUUUUUUAUUUCCACGAAUUUUGUAUUGACAAUUCUUAAUGAAUUUAUUAUAAAAUAAAUGUCAACGAUGAAAUCUU